AUGGGUCACGAUAGAGGUUGCAGUAGUGUUGGGGAGCACGUGAAUUCACUGGGCGUGUCCGACGCACCGGAGCUCCCACUAGACUGGAGUUCCAGUGAGGGGCGCGCGUGGGUGCUGGCCGGCUCGGCCACGUGGCGGCUCGGGAGUGGCCGGUCCACGGCACUGUGCUGUGGACCGGGCGCGGGGGGGGGAACAGGCCGCGGUCCAUGGUGGACCGCGCCUGCGGAGCGGCGGGGCGGCGGCCUCCUGGACUCGGUCCAGUGGACCGGCCGCACGGGGCGCAGGGCCGCGGUCCAUGGUGGACCGCGCGCCGGUGCAGGGGCGGUGCGGGCGCAGGGACGGCCGGCGGGCGGUGGUGGCGCCAUUGGCGCCGCCCGGAGCUCGUCGCGGCGGCGAUUCGAGGCGCGGGGAGGCGAGCCAAGGGCACCGUCGGGGUCGGCUUGA